AUCAUCAUAACAUAUAUAAAGCAGCAGUGAUAAUAUGAGAAUUUGCAGCAUUUUGUUGCCUUCUUCACACCCUAAGUGUUUCUCUCCUAUUCUCCUUAGAAACUUUACAAAAUUCAAGCCUUUUGGAGUAGUUGCAUGUAGAGCUACAGCUGAUCAUAGAUGGAACAUCUCCGAGGAUGUUGCUGCAACACUCAAAAGAUGCAGUUUCUCAGAAACAUUUUGGCGGGAGUACGAGGAGAAAAUGGAGGAGGUUGGGCAACUCUUAUUGCAGGAAGAGAAUGAGAAUCCGAUGGAUGGUUUGAUGUUUGUGGAUGCUAUUCAGAGAGUAGGAAUAGAUCAUCAUUUUGAGGAGGAGAUUGAAAUGAUUCUUGGACGGCAAUAUAAGUUUUGGGGGAAAAGUGUGUGUUUUCAUGAUUUGCAUCAUGUUUCACUCUUUUUCCGACUGCUGAGACAACAAGGAUACUAUGUUUCUGCAGAUGUGUUCAAUAAUUUCAAGGGCAAGGAUGGGAAGUUCUUGGAAGAAUUGAAGCAAGAUGUUAGGGGAUUGAUGGCAUUGUAUGAAGCCGCGCAGCUGAGUUUCAAGGGAGAAACUAUAAUUGAUGAAGCCCAAGAUUUCAGUAGGCUGCAUCUGAGUGGCUACUUAUUGCAUCAAAAUCAAAAUUUAUGUUGUGAUCAUGAAUUGCAAGAAGCAAUUAGAAAUACACUGACACACCCUCAUCACAAAACCAUACCAAGAUUGACUGCCAAAGCUUUCUUGCAUGGAGAUUUGCUCAAAGGUUCCAAACAAUGGCACAAGUCAUUGAGAGAGCUGGCCAAUAUGGAGUUUCUCAUUGGAAAGUCGAUGCACCAAGACGAACUUGUUCAAAUUUCCAAGUGGUGGAAAGAUAUAGGUUUAGCGGAGCAAGUAGCAAAUGCAAGAAACCAACCGAUAAAGUGGUAUGCAGGGUCGAUGGCCAUUCUCAUGAAUGAUCCCACUUUGUGUUUUCAAAGAAUAGAGCUUACCAAAGUCAUCGCUUUUAUUUACCUUCUGGAUGAUAUAUUUGAUCUCUAUGGAACAAUAGACCAACUCACUCUCUUCACACACGCCAUACAUAGAUGGGACUAUUCUGCAGUUGAUAUGUUACCAAGCUACAUGAGGAUGAGUUAUAAGGCCCUCCUCCACACCACAAACCAGAUAGCCAACAAAAUCCAAAAAUUGCAUGGCCAUAACCCAAUUGCUUAUAUGAAAGCUACGUGGGGAAGUUUGUGCAAUGCGUUCCUAGUAGAAGCAAGAUGGUUUGCGUCGUCAUCGUUGUCGACAGGUGAUGAGUGGCCAACAUCGAAAGAGUACUUGGAAAAUGGUAAGGUAAGUACAGGGGUGCAUGUGGUGCUGGUCCACUUGUUCUUUCUCUUGGGUCUUGGAGGAUUAAGCAGUAGUGAUGAAAUCAAUUUGAACAACACAUCAAAAUUGACGUCUUCUCUUGCUACUAUUCUACGUCUUUGGGAUGACUUGGGCAGUUCCAAGGAUGAGCAGCAAGAUGGUGAAGACGGUUCAUACAUAGACUAUUACAUGAAAGAUGAGCCAGAAUUGUCAGUGAAUGAAGCACGACAACAUGUGUUCCACAUGAUAACAAACGAGUGGAAAAACGUUAACGGGGAGUGUUUCCGUCUAAAACAGUAUUCUUCAGCCACGAGUUUCAAGAGAGCUUCACUUAAUCUUGCAAGAAUGAUUGCUCUAACCUAUGGUUACGAUGAAAACCAAAGGCUUCCUCUGCUUGAACAAUAUGUCAAGACUAGUCUGUUCAAUGAGAUCUACUUUUGUCUUCUUCAUUAUCCCCUUGUUAUUUCUCUUACUAUUCACCUGAAGCCAAAAAUGAAAUCUGUUGGAGUAAGUGGGUGUAAAGCCACAGCUGAUGAGAGAUGGAGGAACAUCGACAUCAUCGUCUCCGACCACCACCGCAUUCCUCUUGCAGCACCAUGCACUUCCACUGAAACAACAUUGGGAAGCGAUUACAAGCAAAAAGUGGAGGAGGUUAGACAACUCUUGCUGGAAUCAAAGGAUAAGGAUCAGAUUAAUAAUGGGACAGAUUCUUUGGUUUGUGUGGACGAUAUUCACAGACUAGGAUUUGAUCACUAUUUCGAGGAAGAGAUUGAAAUCAUUCUUCGACAACAAUAUUACAAUUAUAACCACAGAGCAAAGAGUAGUACAUGUUUACAUGAUGUUUCACUCUUUUUCCGAUUGUUGAGACAGCAUGGAUACUAUGUUUCUGCAGAUGUGUUCAAUAAUUUCAAGGGCAAUGAUGGGAAGUUCUUGGAAGAACUGAAGCAAGAUAUUAGGGGAUUGCAUGCAUUGUAUGAAGCUGCGCAGCUCAGCUUCAAGGGAGAAUCUAUAAUUGAUGAAGCCCAAGAUUUCAGUAGGCUGCAUCUGAGUGGCUAUUUAUUGAACCAGAAUCAAAAUAUGUGUUGUGAUCAUCAAUUGCAAGAAGCAAUUAGAUAUACACUGACACACCCUCAUCACAAAACCAUACCAAGAUUGAGUAGGGCAAAAAGCUGGUUGCAUGGAGAUCAUUUGCUUAAAGGCUCUAAAGUAUGGGAGAAAUCAUUGAGAGAGUUGGUCAAUAUGGAUUUUCUCAUCGCAAAGUCGUUGCACCAACACGAACUUCUUCAAAUUUCCAAGUGGUGGAAAGACUUGGGCUUAGGUGAGAAAUUACCAAAAGCAAGAAACCAAGCAGUGAAGUGGUAUACAUGGUCGAUGGCGUCCAUUGAUGAUCCCAGAUUGUCUUUUCAAAGAAUAGAGCUCACCAAACCCAUUGCUUUUAUUUACCUUAUUGAUGAUAUCUUUGAUCUCUAUGGAACAAUUGAUGAACUCACUCUCUUUACACAAGCCAUAAAUAGAUGGGACGAUACUGCAAUUGAUAUGUUGCCGGAGUACAUGAGGAUGAGCUAUAAAGCCCUUGUCGACACCACCAAUGAGAUAGCCCACAACAUUAAAAAAAAGCAUGGACAUAACCCCAUUAAUGCCCUCAAAGCCACGUGGGCAAGCUUGUGUGACGCAUUCCUUGUAGAAGCAAGAUGGUUUGCGUCAGGUGAGUUGCCAACAGCACAAGAGUACUUGAAAAAUGGGAAGGUGAGUACAGGAGCGCAUGUGGUGCUAGUCCACUUGUUCUUUCUUUUGGGUCUUGGAGGACUAAAUGAUGAAAUCAAUUUGAAUCACACAUCAAAACUGACGUCUUCUAUUGCUACUAUUCUUCGUCUUUGGGACGAUUUGGGGAGUUCCAAGGAUGAGCAUCAAGAUGGUCAAGAUGGUUCUUACAUAACAUGUUACAUGAAAGAUGAGCCAAACGUCUCAGCUAAACAAGCACGACAGCAUGUGGUCGACAUGAUAUUAAAUGAAUGGAGAAACCUUAACCAAGAGUGCUGUCGUCUAAAUCACUUAUCAGCCGCAUGUUUCAAAAGAUCUUCUCUUAAUAUUGCAAGAAUGAUUCCUCUCAUGUACACUUACGACCAAAACCAAAGGCUUCCUCUGCUUGAAGAGUAUAUGAGGAGUACAAUAUUUUAUUAAUUAAUGUGUUA